CUUGGGAGCCCAGGGGAGCGCGGCCGCCAGACACAAAGGGCGGCCGAGGGACGCACGUCCCAGGGGAGCCUACGGACCGCUCUGCACCAGACUGCCGGCGCCCGCAUCCCCGACUCAGCCUUCGUAGGGUAGAGCCACCCACUCCCCAGGGAACCGGAGCGGGAGGCGACCCCAGCCUGUCUGCGCCUACCAGCGCCCCCCUGGAAAACCCGAGGACCGUGCUUGAUUGGGAGAACCUGCUGCCGUUUACCGCACGUCGAUCUCUCCUCUGCCUCCUGAAGACGUCCGUGCGAUCUCUGGUUCCUGCUAUGGGAUGGACAACGAAGAAGAGAACCACUAUGUCUCACAGCUUAGGGAUGUCUACAGCAGCUGUGACACCACAGGGACAGGGUUCCUGGACCAGGAAGAGUUGACCCAACUAUGCACUAAACUUGGUCUGGAGGAACAGCUGCCAGCACUCCUUCAGAUUCUUCUUGGAAAUAACCAUUUGGCUAGGGUUAACUUUGAGGAAUUUAAGGAUGGUUUUGUGGCUGUGCUGUCAUCUGGUUCCUGUGUGGGAGCCUCUGAUGAAGAAGGUAGUUCUUCAGAGUCAGUUACUUCUUGUGCUGUCCCUCCAAAGUACAUGAGUGGCUCUAAGUGGUAUGGCCGUCGAAGCCAACCUGAGCUUUGUGACUCGGACACUGCAACCAAAUAUGGAUCAGAACAGCAGGCCAAGGGCAGUGUGAAGCCUCCGCUGAGACGUUCUGCAUCUCUGGAAAGUGUGGAAAGCCUCAAGUCAGAUGAAGAUGUUGAGAGUGCUAAAGAACCUCAGAAUGAAUUAUUUGAAGCACAAGGCCAGCUGCGAUCAUGGGGCUGUGAGGUCUUCGGGACACCCCGGAAAACCUGUAGCCCCUCCUUGAACCCUCCUGAGAACCAAGUCCAGGGCAUCUGGCAUGAGCUGGGGGUUGGCAGCAGUGGUCACCUGAAUGAACAGGAGCUGGCUGUGGUCUGCCAAAGCAUUGGGCUCCAUGGGCUUGAGAAACAGGAACUUGAAGAACUGUUCACCAAACUGGACCAAGAUGGAGAUGGCAGAGUGAGUCUUGCAGAGUUUCAGCUUGGCCUGUUCGGUCAUGAGUCUCCUUCGCUUCCAGAAUCUUCCAGUCUUGUCAAACCAAGCAGGCCUUGGCCUCAUUUUCAGGAGGAGAACGGUUGCCACACCACCACGACCUCAUCCCUCGUGUCCGUGUGCUCAGGCCUGCGCCUGUUCUCCAGUGUCGACGAUGGCAGUGGCUUUGCCUUUCCCGAGCAAGUCAUCUCCGCAUGGGCCCAGGAGGGCAUUCAGAAUGGCAGGGAGAUCUUGCAGAGCCUGGACUUCAGUGUGGAUGAGAAGGUGAACCUCUUGGAGCUGACCUGGGCCCUUGACAAUGAACUCCUAACAGUCGAUGGUGUCAUCCAGCAGGCAGCCCUGGCCUGCUACCGCCAGGAACUGAGCUACUACCAAGGGCAAGUGGAGCAGCUGGUGCAUGAGCGGGACAAGGCGAGGCAGGACCUGGAGAAAGCUGAGAAGAGGAACCUGGACUUUGUGAGAGAGAUGGACGACUGCCAUUCUGCCUUGGAACAGCUCACGGAAAAGAAAAUCAAGCACCUAGAGCAAGAGUACAGGGGAAGGCUGAGCCUGCUACGGUCCGAGGUAGAGAUGGAGCGGGAGCUAUUCUGGGAGCAAGCCCGCAGGCAGAGAGCUGUGCUGGAGCAGGAUGUGGGCCGCCUCCAGGCUGAGGAGACCAGUCUCCGAGAGAAACUGACAUUGGCCCUGAAGGAAAACAGUCGAUUGCAGAAGGAGAUGAUAGAAGUGGUGGAAAAGCUUUCGGAUUCAGAGAAGCUGGUCCUACGCCUGCAGAGUGACCUUCAGUUUGUGCUGAAGGACAAGUUGGAACCUCAGAGCAUGGAGCUUCUGGCUCAGGAAGAGCAGUUCACAGCCAUCUUGAAAGAGCACGAGCUCAAGUGCAGGGACCUACAGGACCGUAACGAUGAAUUACAAGCAGAGUUAGAAGGCCUGCGGGUGCGGCUGCCCAGGAGUCGACAGAGCCCCCCGGGGACCCCAGGCACCUGUAGAAGGCGGCUCCCUGGACGUGGCCCAGCAGGCAAUCUGUUUGUAGGUGACUCUACUCCCAUGAGUUUGGAGACAGAGAUAAUGGUGGAGCAGAUGAAAGAACAUUACCAAGAGCUGAGAAUGCAGCUGGAGAACAAGGUAAAUUACUAUGAGAAGGAAAUUGAGGUCAUGAAGAGAAACUUUGAGAAGGAUAAAAAGGAGAUGGAGCAGGCUUUCCAGCUUGAGGUCAGCAUGCUGGAGGGUCAGAAGGCAGAUCUGGAGGCCCUGUAUGGCAAGUCACAGGAGGUCAUCCUGGGCCUGAAGGAGCAGUUGCAGGAUGCAACACGAAGCCCGGAGCCUGCCCCUGCCGGCCUGGCCCACUGCUGUGCACAGGCACUGUGCACUCUGGCCCAGCGGCUAGAAGUGGAGAUGCACCUGCGACACCAGGACCAGCUGCAGCAGAUAAGGAGGGAGGCAGAAGAAGAGCUGAACCAGAAACUGUCAUGGUUGGAAGCCCAGCAUGCUGCCUGCUGUGAGAGUCUAUCCCUGCAGCAUCAAUGUGAGAAGGACCAGCUGCUGCAGACGCACCUGCAGCGAGUCAAGGACUUGGCUGCCCAGCUGGACCUGGAGAAGGGGUGGCGGGAAGAGAGGGAAAAGGAGGUCCUGGCACACUGUCGGAGGCAGCAGUUGAAGCUGCAGGCUGUGAUGAGUGAAGAGCAGGCACGAAUCUGCAGGUCGUUCACCCUGGAGAAGGAGAAGCUAGAACAGACCUAUAGGGAGCAGGUGGAGGGACUUGUACAGGAGGCAGAUGUGCUUCGUGCACUCCUGAAGAAUGGAACCACUGUUAUGAGUGACCAACAAGAAAGGAUACCCAGCUUCAUGUCCCUAGUUCCAGACAUCAGGCAGCAGCCACCAGCCCAGCAAACUGUCAGCCCUGAUGGAAGGACAGGGGUACCAGCAGAAGAGUGGCCUGGCCAAGGGAAAGCUGUGGGGAGGGAUCUUCCUAGCUGGCCUUGUAGUCUAGAUGCCAUACCAAGCCCAACCCCAGCCCUAGUGCCCAGAAGAUCCUCAGAGAGUCUGGGUGUCAGAGAUGUCCAUCAAGGUCCGCUCAGUGCUGAGGAGGGAUCUGUUUCAAAGGAGCCAGAGCCUCCUGUCAGACCCCAAACAGGCCAGGGCCAGAAGCUGCCCUUGCCUAUUCAGCCCCAGAUGUUGGAGCCAUGGUUGGGCCCAGUUGCUCUGGACAGAAAGCCAGCUCCUGUUGGGGUUCAAGGACAGGCUUCAGAGGGGCUGGCUAGGCAUGGUGAAGGUGUCGAAGAGACUUGGCUCCAGGUCAGGGAAGGCGCUGCCAGGAUGAUGCCCUCAUGGCCAGGCUCUGAGCUCCCAGACCCACAAGAGACCAAAUUCAAGCACCUUGCCACUCCGGAGGAGACAGAUGCCAAAGUGAUGUCAGAGAGUGAGAUAAAAGAUGUGAAGACCAAACUUUUGCAACUGGAAGAUGUUGUCCGGGCUCUUGAAAAAGAAGCAGAUUCCAGAGAGAACUACAGGGCUGCAUUUCAGAGGCUUUCUGAAGAAAACUUUGUGUUGAAAAGUGACCUGGGGAGGAUUCAGCUGGAACUAGAAACUUCAGAGAGCAAAAAUGAAACGCAGAGGCAGGAGAUUGAGGUUUUAAAGAGAGACAAGGAACAGGCCUGCUUUGACCUGGAAGAGCUCAGCACACAGACUCAGAAAUACAAGGAUGAAUUGUCACAGCUUAACUGCAGGAUCCUUCAACUAGAAGGAGACACUUCUGCCCUCCACACCCAGAAGGAGGAAAAUCGCAUUGCCAUCCAACUGUUAAUGCAGAAGCUGGAGGAGGCAGGAUGCCGGGAGGAGCAGCAGGGUGACCAAAUCCAAAACCUUGAAGUUGAACUUGAACGUGUGAAUGAGGAAUGCCAGCGCUUACAACUGUCACAGGCAAAGAUGACAGAAAGCCUUGAAGAAAGUCAGGGCCAGCUGCACAAUGUCCAGCUGAGACUGGAGGAAGCACAGUCCCAGCAUGGCUGUGUUGUUCAACGUCUGCAAGAACAGAUGGGUCAUUUGGUUCCUGGAGCUCGUGAAGCUGAGCUGCAGCACCUACUCAACCUCAAGGAGGAGGAGGCUGCGAGACGACUAAAUGCACAGCAGGAAGAAUACAAACAGCAACUGAAGGCCAGGGAGGACCAGGUGGAGGAUGCUGAGGCUCGGUUACACAAUGUGGAGUGGCUGCUCCAGGAGAAGGUGAAGGAACUUCGAGAGCAGCUGGAGAAGAACACUAGGUCCGACCUGCUGCUCAAGGAACUGUAUGUGGAGAAUGCCCACCUCACGAAAGUUGUUCAGCUCACAGAGGAGAAGCAGCGAGGUGCUGAGAAGAAAAACUGCGUCCUGGAAGAAAAAGUUCGAGCUCUCAACAAACUGAUCAGUAAGAUGGCACAAGCAUCACUUUCCGUGUAGAGGCUGCUGUUUCUUGGAGUUCAUGUGAAGGAAUAUCUUUUUAAAUAAUGCUCCUCUGGUGCCAUAAGUUCCUAUGGCUCACUAGCCAUACCCCCUAGACACAGGAGGGGUCCUGGUCACCCUACAAGCAUUCAGUGAAUGUCUACUAUGUGCCAGGUUCUGAGGAAGCAUACAUGGUACGGUCUGUUGUGGCCAAGGGUCUAGGGGUAACAUUCUGGGUUCAGUUUCUAAGUUUGACCCUAUUGAGAAUGACCCAGUGUCGCGCGCGGCCUUUGCCGAUAAGGACGACGCGACAACCGAGGAUUUCUUCAGCGGCAAGUUUAUUGUACAGCUCUUUCUUGCAGAUGGUGAAGGACCUAAACCCCGGGUUGUGCUCUGCUUAAAUAGCCAGCAGCGCGACCUGUCCGUCUGUAAUUGGUGCUCUGUUCAAGUCUUCAUAAGCAUAUGGCUGGCAAUUGGAGUGCAGCCUAAACCCUCAUUAGCAUAAAGCUGCGCAUGCGUAAACUGCAGGGCGGCGCAGGCAAGAAGCGCGAAAAUGCUGGCAAGAAGAACCAGGAAGCAGGAAGCCGGCGCCAUCUUGUAAUGGCGGGAGCGGCUCCCGACAACCCAGGCUCUCAGUAAAAAACAACAGAGAGAAAGGAGCUGAGUAUUUUUGAGUGUUGUGCUUUGGGCUGGAAGACUGAAAUGCAGAAUCAGGUUCCAAGUGUUUUACCCCUGUGUGGGAUGUUGUCAGAGCUCUCCAUGUGGGUCAGUACAUCCCCCUGGGAGGAGGGCAUUCUCCAGCAGUCCUCUGCUGCUCCUGGGGUGGGAGGGAAGGUGGCAUCUGAGGUGGUGGACUCAGGGAGAGCAGUGUUCAUUAUACAAGUGCAAUCUCAUUACAAAAUUGUUAUCACACUGGAAAUUGUACAUUUUUAAAGGUAUAGUUUUAUAACUGAGAUAUACCUAAAUUAUGACCAUUUGAUUUACCAGAGUAUUCUACUGUGAUAUGAAGAGCUCCUGUAUUUUCAAUAACUUCUUUUCUAUUAAAAUUGAUUUAACUCAA